GUUUUUUGUUUUGAAAAACGUACGCGUAGUUAUCGGAAAUUAAAAUAGUUUUCGUUGUAAAUUUUGUAAAUUUAAACUAAAUUUAACUUUAAAUGGUCAUAAAAUUAUUCAAUCGAAGAACUGCUUCAAGUAAUUUUCUUCAUUCUACAUUUUUUAUAAGCAAUCAUUGAUACAGAAAUAGAUAAACUAAAAUUUCGAUCACAAGUGAUCGAAUGGAUGAAAAUGAAUAACACAAUGGUGGAUACAUCGCUGAAUAUGGACGCAGAAGGAAUGCUGAUGAAACCGGAGUGUCUUCUAGACCUACAUUGUAUGAAUUCGGACUAUAUGCCCAAGUUUGAUCAUGGAGAGUUCAGGUUUCUGAAUGGUCUGGAGACUAGGGGGUUUCAAAAAUCCCCUAUAAAAGACGUGCUUCAUAAAUCGCUUACUUCCGUGCCAAAAAACAAUGUCAAUUUCCCGCUUACAACGAAGGUCAACUCGACGGAGAAACCAUACCAGUGUGACACAUGUAAGAAGAGAUUUUCGCAGCAAUCAAAUCUAUGCAAACAUAUCCUCAUUCAUUCGGGACUCAAACCUUAUAUCUGUGAUAUAUGUAGUAAACGAUUCACCCAACAAGCUAAUCUAGUUAAACACCGAAGAAUACACACCGGAGAUAAACCAUUCGAAUGUAAAGUAUGCGGUCGUUGUUUUUCGCAGAAGGCCAACCUAAAUAAACAUUCUUUACUGCAUACCGGUGAGAAACACUUCCGGUGUGAGUUUUGUGAUAAAUCUUUCGUACAACAGGCGAACUUAGAACGUCAUCGACGAACGCAUACCGGUGAAAAACCUUACUCUUGUACUAUUUGCGAUAAGAGGUUUACUCAAAGGGGUAAUUUAACUAAGCACAUGUUGAUUCAUUCGGUUAAAAACGAACCUAUCCAGGAUCAAUUCACGCCGCCGAAACAAACGAACAAAAUGGAUAUGGGAGUAAAUCCGUUUCGUAAAACCGAAUACGAUCCGAAUAUGGCGCUCAAAUUAGGGGGUUAUGAUGGUUACCAGUUUAGCGUUCCUGUUAUAUUAUCGACGAAGGAAGGGUUUUUUCUAAAACGUUUAUAAAAUAUGUCAAUUUUUUAAAUCAUAAUAACGUAUGAUUACGUUGGGUGUUUUUUUUUCUAAUACAGUAUUAAGUCAGAGUAGUUAUUAUGGUACGUGUAUUUUAGUAAAUUAUUUUAUAUCUAGUCGGUACUUUAUGUGUUUUAUACAACUGGUUUCAUUUUAUGAAUUUUAUCCAUUUUCUUCUCGUCUGCAAGUCCGCGUAUUAAAUUUACCUAAGUAUGUAUCUAUUUUUGACCACAUCUGCGUCCUGGUUUUGAUCUAUUUUUUUCGAAAAUACGUUUUGUAAGUGCUGCAAAUGAAUGAUCUUGUUUAAA